CCGAUAAACUCGGGUCGCGAACCACAUUAGCUGUUACGAAAAUGGAGGUAUAAUUCGGUACUAUAAAAUCAAGGAGAACUGUCAUCGUAAACAGAGCAAACAACAACUAAGUACCCAUGAUUGUAGUAUAAUUUCAAAUCUUUUAAGAAAUGACCAACACCAGCAGUGCUUCUUCUAGUUCUGCGACUACUGCGCAAGCAGCUGAGAUCGAAGCUGUGACGAACCCGAGUAAGCGCGCACCAGAUCAUGAGGUAGAUGAACAAGAAGACGGUUCUCCUCUUCGGCGUGUAAGAGUUUCAAAACAAAAUACGGUAGCUCGUGGUCCUGCCGAAGAAGAACUGAUUGACGUUUUGAACCUGGUUUUGCCUUUCCUAACCCAAGCAGGAACAGGCGCGCUCUGCCAGACGUCGAAAAAGAUACGAUAUUUUCUUCGCGAUGAGGAUGAGAACGACAGCCCGAACAAUCACACAGACACUCGAAGUUUGGUAUCGUGGUACUUGCACAAUGUGACCCGCAAAUCGUUUGGGCAUUGGGGUAUGGGUGAUUCGAUCCUUGAGAGUUGGCGGAUUGUUCUUGCUUUAGAACGCAAAGCCUGGCGACCGGAGAACCUGCGAGAGGUGAGGCUUCGAGCGGAAAAUGGAUUUCAUGCGGUCAACAUUCAAUGCUUCAUGAAGAUUUUCUGUCAACAUUUUAGGUAAGGCUCGUCAUCAACUGCUACUAAGUAGAAGUACGUGAUAAGUAGCUAGAAGAAGUACUUGAAAUUGAAAUUCAUAUCCUUCCUCGUCCACAGAAGAUACAAGUAGUAACUAUUCGUUCGGUUUUGCCAUUGUGUGUCCACGACCUGCUGCAACACUCAUCCCUGUGUCCUUUGAUAUCUUGCACCGAUCAUGUGUAAGCGAACAAACUAAAUUAUAAAAUACUUACAUAGAUGACAGAUAAAAAUAACCACUGCUACUUAGAUCAUUCUCACUUAGGAAAUCGAAAUGAAAGCAGGAGUUGUUGAAUGGUUCUGGUAUUUGGUAACCUGAAUUUGAUCCUAAGGGAAAACAAGAAGAGAACCUUUAGGAUCAAACUCAGGUUACCAAAUACCAGAACCAUACAGUUGUAGGAGUUCUACUCUGUUCACCACUCGAAUUUAGAAAACCCGAGGGGGGUGGAGGAAUUUUUCGGCUUCUGGAUGACGGGUGCGUCGAGUUUGGAGAGUCAGUUCUAACUUACGACGGCGAAGGUCGCUAUAUGUUAAGGCUUGCUCUCUAAUGUCUCUAUUUCUAAGAUGAUAGGCAGCAGAAGUUGAUGAUAUGUUAAGACUUGUUGUCCUCUAGUACAUGAAUCUGAAUGCUCACCUCUGUCCUCUCCGUAGGCGAGCAUCAGAUUCCUAUCCUAUUGCUAUGAUCGAACAGGUUGAAGUUGAUAGAACAAGUUGAAGUUAUAAAUUUUUAGGCCUCGCAUGAAUCAAUCUGCCAUCUAAUUUUCUGGUUAGACACGACCGCGGGUGGAAAUAAAUUCGAAAAGAAGCAAGAAGAGCCGCAGCGCGAAGAGGAUAUGUCAGAAGCCGCACUCCAUCUCGAGAAGGAAGUCAUGAUUAAGGCUACCGUUAGUGUUAGAGCAUCCACAGUACCAUCCGUCCCUGGCUCUUCUUCUACUUGGAAAAGAAGCCAGGGAUGGACGCAGGGAAGCGAACGCGGUAGCUCUAACAUAAGAGCAGGCUGGCCGAGAAACUUGGAGCAGUUUGAAAUCGAAGUACCUAAACGCUACUGGCACAAGGCGCUGACUCGUCCCCCUUUGUACGAGAUGGAAUGCUCAUCUACUCCUUCAGCGGACACGUUUUUUUUUUUUUUCAAAUUCUAUGUUUGAGAAUACUGGAGACUCUUCUCGAGGAGUGGUUUUGAUGCGCUAUUUCCCUGUUGAUCAUAAACUACAGUCGCUUUCCAGCACUAGUCGUGCCGCUCACUCUCAAAUUCUAACUUCGCAUCUUGAGCGAUGAGGAAGCGAGAUGGCUGCGCGUACAGGCCUGCACAGCGCAGAUGAGAAAGCUCUUGCGGGCCCAGCUGUUAAACCGAAGGAACGAAUGCAGCGAUAAUCGUAGGGCUGAUGUAGAUAAGGCUGCAAUCACAAAGAACUCAAUGAUUAUGAUAAGAUAAGUUUUCGGAUUCGGACUGAUGUUACUAUUAUCUCUUUCUCUAUUGGCACGAGCACGACCACGAGCACUUCUCUCACGUACGAAAAGUAGUACAGAGUUACGAAUUCCUACGAUUUAUUACGAAUUUUUUAGAACACCAAGCUAGCAGAAGCUCUAAAAAAGCUACACUGUUCGAGUCGCGUGUUCACGACAUAGCUAAUGCCGAAGCAUGGGAGGCAAGAGGGAGUGAAGAUGAGCUUGGAGAAGAUGAACAAUUUCAUAAGUUCUCGAGGCGUGUAGUUUGUUGCUUGGAUAUCCCUGGGUGUCCGUGCCCGCCAUUUGAAGGUAAAAAUCCGGUCAGGGUGCCUUUGCGCAGGAGGAUGUGAAUGCUCCCUAUACAAGACCAUGCAGGAGGGUGCCUUUGCGCAGGAGGAUUCUGCUUCAGAUAUCACUGUAAGUAUGUAAAUGUCCACGCAAUUGAUGACAGUAAUAUCAGGUAGCUAGUAGCCUUAGCUCGACAACAUUUACACUUGGAGUUUUCAUUGGAGAUCAUGAUGCUAAAGAUGUGUGCAUUCACAUUCAUCUUGUGAUAAGAAAGAGAAAGAGUCCAAGAAAGUGCAAACGCGGACAAGGAGCACCUAGACCACAGCCUUUGAGGGGACCAUGAUAAUCUUUCGGACGAUGAAAGCAAAAAGUCCAAAGGCC